AUGGACCUCAUCAAGGACUUGGCCCGAAAGCCAACUAAGAACAUGGCUGAACUCUUGGAGAGGUGCAACAAGUUGGCAAACAUGGAGGAGGUGCCCCAAGCACGAAAGGUGGAAAUUACGAGGAGACCCGUUCAUCGGGUAUUGAUCGACACAGGAGCGUCAGUAGAUCUUAUGUCACUCGACGCCUACCGACAGUUCGGCUUUGGCAAUGAUGCGCUCAAGCCAAAAGGAACCUCCCUCCACGGAUUCUCAGGAGGCUCGGCCACAAUCAAAGGGUCAAUAGACCUACUAGUUACAUUUGGACAAACUCCAUGCCAAACGAAGAUCCAAGUCAAGUUCAUGGUGGUACGGUCGGUAGUAGCCUUUAAUGCCAUGCUCGGUCGCCCAUCACUCACCGCCCUCCAAGCCAUCAUUUUACCGAUGCAUCUAAAGAUGAAGUUCCCCAUGGAGAAUGGGAUCGGAGAAAUCCGAGGUGAUCAAAAGAAGGCCCGAGAAUGUUACGCAACAUUCAUCAAGCAGAACAAAGGAAAUGUCUGA